AUGAAACACAAGUAAGCAUGCACUGCAUGGCGAAAGAGGGGGGAGGUCAGGCCCCACUUCCUGAUCAAAAGAUCAAAUCAAAACAAAGAAAAGAUUAACGAGUACAGUUAUCUCUCAUUCGUUUCUCAGCGAAAACAGGAUCUUCGUCGUCCUCUUUUCACUCUCUUCAUAAGGCGAAGAAAAGAGAUACAGAAAGAUCAGAGAUGAACAGACGGCAGCAGAGGGUGGUGAAGGGGGUGACGGCGAUGAUGGGUCUUUGCAUAGUCGGGUACAUAGUCGGUCCGCCGCUGUAUUGGCAUGUAAGCGAAGGUCUAGCAGCCGCUGUUCGCUCUUCUUGCCCUCCUUGUCUCUGUGACUGCUCCUUUCGACCUCUUGUCUCCCUCUCCGAUGCAUUCACAAUAUGUGUUUCUCUCUGUUUUCAUGCAGGAAUGAGCAACAACAGCCUUCUAGACUGUAUGAAGUCUGACCCUGAAUUGAGUGAAGAGACAGAGAAAAGUUUUACUGAAUUGUUGUCGGAGGAAGUGAAGCUACGGGAAAUUCAGGCUCUGGAAAACCAACGGCGUGCAGACAGGGCAUUAUUGGAAGCUAAAAAAGUGGCAUCUCAGUAUCAGAAAGAGGCAGACAAAUGCAACAUGGGAAUGGAGACAUGUGAGGAGGCAAGAGAAAAGGCUGAAGCGGCAUUAGAAACACAGAGGAAGCUUUCUGCAAUGUGGGAGAUUCGGGCUCGGCAGAGAGGAUGGAGAGACAGCCUUGUUAGGCCUCGUGUGUAUUGAUUUCUGAUCACCACCAUCAUAUUUCUGGAGAAAGAAACAAUGUGAUCAAGUGAUAUAUGAAAGGUAAUAUCCUGGUUUUGAAGGAUUUCGCACCUGGAAGAUUACAGUUUUCCGAUCAGGGAUUUUUCUAACUAGGAAUUGUGCCUAAUUUAUGUGGAACCUGUUCAGGCCACCCAUUUCAUUCAUUUUUUAAUUUAUCUCUGAACUGUUUUUGAGUAGGGGAUACAGAACCUUCAUGAAUAACUUUCAUAGUUUGAGGCAGAUUAUAUGUAUAUAUAAGCUUCUUUUUUUAUGUAUAGA